GAGAGAGAGAGAGAGAGAGAGAGAGAGAGAGAGAGAGAGAGAGAGAGAGAGAGAAGAGAGAGAGAGAGAGAGAGAGAGAGAGAGAGAGAGAGAAGAGAGAGAGAG